CGUCCGCGACCACUACGGUGCUGUGAGCACCUUGUGCAAAAUGGACAGGAAUAGUUUCACAACACCGACCACCAAUGCUUCACGACUGGCAUCUUCUCUUUCUAGGUCGAGGACGACAACAAAACGUGACUCGCUGGCAGCGGAACUGGAGCGUGACCCCCAGCUAUCCCCAUGCUUCUCUGGAACGACAGCUCGUAGCCGCCCAAACAGCCAAGGCCGACCUCGAGACCAAUCUGCGCGAGAAGAAUGCCCAGAUUGCGCGACUGGAGGAGGAUAGGCGGUGGCUGGCGGAGCGCGAGCAGGAAGAGAGGCUGGAGAAGGAGCGCGAGCGGACGGAACAUGCGGAGGACAAGCACAAAGCCGACCACGAUAUACGCAGCCUCCGCGCCUCCCUCAUGACCCUACAAGAACAGCUGGCGGAUCUCAACGACGAGCACGGCCAGCUGUCGCGCUCUACUUCGCAGACCAUUUCCACGCAAAAGUCGCAGAUCACGAUGCUCUCGCGUCAGCUCGCGCGCGUUGAAGAGCAGCUCACCGAGUAUAGACGUGUUGCUGAGGAACGCGGCCGCGCACUCGAGGAGCUGCAGACUCAGCUGGACGACGCGAGCACAGCAAAGGACAGCUUCGUGCAGAAAGCUUCGGACGACGAAAACUGGGCAAUCGUGCGCGAUGAACUUCACCGCCAGGCGGAGCACAUGCGCCUGGUGGAAGCGGCAAACACGAAGAUGUCGGCAGAGCUGACGAUGCUGCGGGAGCGCCAUGCCAGCGUCGAGGUGCUCAAAGAGCAGAAGCGUGAGCUUCAACGACGCGCAGCGGGGGCGGAUGAGCUGCGAGAAAAGGUGAUUCGCUUGGAGGCCGAGCUCGAGGCGUCAAGGCGUGAGCGCGAGCAAUGGUGGAUAAAUCAUGCCCAGUGUCCUUGCAGCACACCGGUCUCUGUUACGCAGGGUCUGUCGAAGCUCCGGCUUGAACACGCGCGUCUUCUGGAGGAGCAUGGGUCGGCCCGGGCGCUCCUCAAGCGCCGCGAGCAUGAGCUGACCGACGCGGAGCGUCGCAACGCAGAGGCACUCGAAGCGCUGGAGAAGUUCCAGUCCGAAGUGCGCGUACUGAAGACGAAGAACAGUCGCGUCGAGCAUGACAAGUCGCUCGCCGAGCGUGAGAUCUCGUUCCUACGCGCUAUGGUGGCGAGUUUCACCGCCGAGGAAGCGUCGCAGAACGGAGUUGCGCUCGAGGAGGCUACGGCUGCACGCGUUCAGCAGCUCGAGGCACUGCUCGUCGAUUAUAAGGCAACUGUCGAGCAGCUUGAGGGUGAGCUCGAGGAGAUCGGCAUCGAUCCUCACUUGGCAGGCGGGGCCAAUAGCAAACACCUGGAGCAGGUUGACACACUUGAGCAGACGCUUUGGGAGCUGCGCGGUGAGAUCGGUGCGGGGCACCACGUCCCGCCAGGCGUGCGAGUGCUCUCGCUACGGAAUAACCCAGCGCAGCAGUGGGCGGACUUGAGCCAGGCCGCGAUGGAUCGUUUGCGUGGCGAGAAUGAAGCGCUACUACGGCGACUCAAGGUUCUCGAGGAGAGUGGCGCGCGCGGUGCAGAGCAAGACGCACAUGCAGAAGAGCUCGUUCCCCGGCAGAGUUACGACGUCGUCAACAAGGAGAAGCAGCACCUCGAGGACGAGUUGAAGAAGAAAGAGAAGCGGCUUCUCCGGCUGCAGCAGAUCUUCCAUGCCAAGAGUGCCGAGUUCCGCGAAGCAAUUGCGUCGAUAUUGGGCGUGAAGCUUGCGUUCUACCCGAAUGGCCAGGUGCGCGUGACGUCGCAGUUCGACCUGCAUGCCACAUUCGUCUUCCAGCCUGCCAAUGCGGGCGCAAGCGAGGGCGGCGGGAUGAAGAUGCAGCUCACCGCGCAGGGCGAAGAGGUGCCGGAAGAAGUGCCGCAGUUGAUGCGCUACUGGGUGGAGCAGGAGCAGUGCAUCCCUGGGUUCAUGGCGAGCAUCACGCUGGAGUGCUACGAGAAGAACAAGAUGGAGAGGGAGAGGGAGGCGCGAGGGCUGUUGCACUAA